GUAACGGUACAAUUUGCCAAGACUCCGCCAGAUCUAUUUUCAAAUUUUCAAAUAGGCUCCUCCUCUUCCUCCUUCCAAAAAAACAUAAAUCCCCAAUUUCAAAAAAGACGAACCCUAAUUUCCAAUCUCGAAUUGAUAAGGAGGAAUAAGGUCUUAAAUUUCUCCCGGAUUCUUGUCAAUUCAAUCGGAGGUUUCUGGGAAAAUCUUCUUUAUUUGGGCUCAAUCCUCAGUGAAUCUCCUUCGCCUAGCUCAGAUCGAAAAUUUGGAUCCUCUUGACGGGAAGUGGGUGAAGGGAUCCACCGAAAGAGAAGUCUUUUUCUUUGUUGUUUCUCGAAGAUGCCGCUUCGUAACCAGAAUCGCGCUCCACGCAGUCCAAACGCCAAUUUUCAGAAAAAGGAAGCUCUCUCUAGUAUUCCAUUUGACAAGCGGAGGAAAAUGGAAACGCAAGGUACUGGAAGAAGACAAGUGCUUUCGACUGUGAACAGACAAGAUGUUACUUCCAACAGCGACGUGGGCAGCAUAGAGGAGUGUAGUAAGGUUGAAUUUACAAAAGAUGAAGUCGUGGCUUUGCUUAACGAGAGAGCAAAAGCUGGAAAAUUUGAUACUAAGGCUAAGAUUGAGCAAAUGACUGAUAUUAUCAAGAAGCUUAAGGUUUGUGUUAGAUGGUUCCAGCAAGUCGACGAAACCCAUGUCCAGGAGAAGGAAAAUCUUCGUUCUUCUCUGGAAUCUGCUGAGAAAAGAUACAGUGAUAAAGAGUUGGAUGCAAAGAGCAAAGAGGAGGAGCUACAAGCAAAGAUAGCUGAGAUGAAGGAGAAGUUAGCGGCGCUACAGGAGAAGUUCUCAAAGGAGGAGUUGAGUAAGUUGGAUGCAAUUGAAAACCACAGAAGAGAAAAGGAAUGUAGAGCUGCAGCUGAAAAGCUUCAGGAUUCUCUUAGAGAAAAGCUUGACAAAGCGAAUGAAGAGAUAAUGGCUGCCAAGCAGAAGGAGAUCACUGUUAAAGAUAUUAACACAAGGCUGCAAGAGUACAACACAAGUUUGCAACAAUAUAACACCAAACUCCAGACUGAUCUUGAAGCAGUUCGAGAGGCACACACACGUGCUGAAAAAGAAAAGUCAAGCAUACUGGAGAACCUUACUACACUAAGGGGUCACAGCAAAUCACUACAAGACCAACUAGCAUCGAGCCGAGUUUCACAAGAUGAAGCAGUAAAACAAAAGGAGUCACUGCUGAUGGAAGUCAAGAACCUUCGAAGUGAGCUCCAACAAGUCAGGGAUGAUCGUGAUCGCCAUGUUGUACAGUCACAAAAGCUGGCUGAUGAAAUUCUAAAGUAUAAGGAGAGUGUUGGAAAGUCAUCUCAUGAAUUGGACAUUUUGAUAGCAAAAUCAGGAUCGUUGGAGGAAACAUGUUCCUUGCAAAAAGAACGUAUUAAAAUGUUGGAGCAGGAAUUAGCUUUUGCUAAAGAAAAGUUAAAGAUGGUAGAUGCAUCUAUGUCUCAUACUAUGACAGAAUUUGAGGAGCAAAAACAACGUACGCAAGAACUGCAAGACCGCCUUGCAGACACGGAGCAUCAACUCUUUGAAGGAGAGGUGUUACGGAAGAAGCUUCAUAACACAAUUCUUGAACUAAAAGGAAACAUACGUGUCUUCUGCCGAGUGCGCCCCUUGCUACCAGAUGAUGGAGGACGCCAAGAGGCCAGCGUUAUAGCCUAUCCCACUGCAGCUGAAUCUCUUGGGAGAGGCAUUGAUGUGGUCCAAAGUGGGAACAAACAUCCGUUCACAUUUGACAAGGUCUUCGACCACGGAGCUUCUCAGGAGGAAGUAUUCUUUGAAAUAUCUCAACUUGUUCAGAGCGCAUUGGAUGGCUAUAAGGUAUGUAUUUUUGCAUACGGUCAGACAGGUUCUGGCAAAACCUACACCAUGAUGGGAAGGCCCGAAGCUCCAGAACAGAAAGGACUGAUUCCUCGAUCGCUUGAACAGAUUUUCAAAACCAGUCAGUCUCUUAGUGCACAAGGCUGGAAAUACAAGAUGCAGUAUGCAAUCACACAUGAUGUUAAUGGAAACACUCAUGUUAGUGACUUGACAAUCAUAGAUGUGUGCAGCAUUGGACAAAUCUCCUCACUCUUGCAGCAGGCUGGGCAGAGCAGGUCUGUUGGUAAGACUCAUAUGAACGAGCAGUCAUCAAGGAGUCAUUUCGUGUUCACUCUAAGGAUUUCUGGUGUGAAUGAGAGCACUGAACAACAGGUACAAGGUGUUCUUAACCUUAUUGAUCUUGCUGGAAGUGAGCGACUCUCAAGGAGUGGGGCAACAGGAGAGCGGUUAAAGGAGACACAGGCUAUAAACAAAAGCUUGUCUGCUUUGAGUGAUGUUAUAUUUGCAUUGGCAAAGAAAGAGGAUCACGUUCCUUUCAGAAACUCAAAGUUGACAUAUCUGCUCCAGCCUUGCUUAGGAGGGGACUCAAAGACGUUAAUGUUUGUGAACAUAUCACCUGAUCCAUCUUCAACUGGAGAAUCCCUUUGCUCUCUUCGCUUUGCUGCCAGAGUCAACGCAUGUGAGAUUGGGAUACCUCGAAGGCAAACUUCCACAAAACUCAUUGACUCUCGCCUAAGUUAUGGUUAAAAGACUGGUGGUUGAGUUUUCACUCAUCUGUAUAACAAAAGCAAUUGUUUUAGAGGUUUGUAAUUUCUGAUUGUGGUUUCGACAUAGUUUUUCUAUAUGUAUCGUUCAUAUGAAGAUUUGUUUCGGGAUGUUUUGCUUUCCAUUCGAUUGUGGAAGCAGCUUGCUAUCUAAGCAAUGUUGUAUGAGAGAUUGGCCUACAGUUUUUAUUGGUUAUGUGACCAAAUGCAGAAGCUACAUAUUGUCAUAUAGGACAUAACACACUUCUUGUACUAUUUCACAUUAGUUUUAUUACAAAGAUUAUUCAAGAUCUAAACUCUACUUACAAGCACUAAGUACACAGAAGAAGUCAACGAGGGUACACGAUAGUGACGGAAGAAUCAUCAACAGACAAAGGCAAAGACUUGCUUGUUACAGAUUGAUCAGAUGCAGAAGCUCCUGAUCUUUGUUGAUCUCUAGAGUCUCUCAUGGUUCGAAGAAACCCAAAUCGCUUUGGAAUCGGUAGAGUAACAGUGAAGCUGUUCAUCAUCACAAGAAUGUUAUCCAUUGAAGGUCUCUCUGAAGAAUCAUCUUGAACGCAUAACAGAGCAAUGUGAAUGCAUCUGAUCACUUCAUUUGUCUGAAAAUUCCCUCUCAUUGUUUGAUCCACUAACUCCAAUGGUGAAUUCUCAACCCAUAACUUCCACACCUGCAGGGUUUAUGCUUUCACUAAAAUAUUGUUAUUGAAAACAGUGGUAAGACUGAUAUAUAUGUACUCACAUAUGUGACUAAAUCUCCAAGACCAUCUUCUUCAUAGAAGCUACUAUUCUUUUUGCCAGUUACAAGUUCAAGAACCAAGACUCCGAAGCUAUAAACAUCAGAUUUCACCGAGUAUUUUCCGUGGAUUGCAUACUCUGGAAACAACUUACUAUGUACCAACUAUUCUUUGUGUAUUAGCUUGAGUUUGAUCAACACCAAAGAUCCUUGCCAUACCGAAAUCUGAGAUCUUUGGAUUCAUGUCUGCAUCUAAGAGUAUGUUGCUUGCUUUAAGGUCACGGUGAAUGAUCGUUAGCCUAGAAUCUCGAUGUAAAUAAAGUAUUCCUCGAGCUAUCCCUUCGAUGAUCUUGUACCUUAUAUGCCAAUCCAAAAGCCCUCUCUUCUCACUAUCGAAAAGGAAAUAAUCGAGGCUUUUGUUAGGAACAAACUCGUAGACAAGUAUUUUCUCUUCUCCAUCUAAGCAAUAUCCCAAGAGCUUAGCAAGAUUCCUAUGUUGUAGCUUAGCGACCACGUCAACUUCGUUCUUGAAUUCUUCAGCUCCUUGUGUUGAUCCUCGAGAUAGUCUCUUUAUCGCUACUGUUUCUCCUGUUAUAAGCUGACCCUGAAGACUUCACCAAAUCCACCCUGACCAAGCUUGUUACUUUCUGAGAACUUAUCUGUGGCUGCUUCGAUUGUGCUAAACUGGAAUUGUAAUGUUUCUGUUGAUGUAAUAGUAUCUUCAUCUAGAUCCUCUGAUUCAGCACUGAGCUUAUUCCUUUUUCUUCUGUCCAGUAAACAACACGCAGCACCAAGAAGUAACACGCAGACAGAAACCGGCACAACGACCGCGGUUACUAAAACCGUCGAGCUCUUGCCUUUUCCUUUUUCUGAAGGAAGCUUCAGUGGUGGUGCAGCCACCGUGGGUGAAAGAAGAGGAGGAGGAGCCGCCGCAACCGCAGAAAUAGUUUCAUUGUAAAACGGAUAAAGCUCAUACCUAAAGCUACAACUCGCAGCGAUGACUCUCCCGCCAAUUCGUCGAUCACAACAUCUCGGCAACCAAUUAAUCGUUUGUCUCAAACAGCUCUCACAAUCUUGAUUCGUCAAAUCUGGCGUGCACUGGACAAGGCUAUAAAUCGUUUGAAACACCGUGAGAUUUGCUUUCUCUGUAGCAAACUUUCUCGAGCUCGAAGCCGCUUUCACCGCAGCGUUGAUCAACAACGAAGCUAACGACUCGUUGAAUUUGUUAACUUGAUUCUCUGUGAUGUUUUGCGUGUUCCACAAGAAAGCAGCAGGUGUAACACUCAUUUUCCCUACGAUGCUUCGAUUAGAGUAUCUAACCAUACACUCAUCGUACCAGAUUACUGUCUCUUUCUCUCCCGGACACCUUUGGAGCGUUUCGUUGGCCGCAAAGGAGACGCAAUCACGGCAAAUUUCAGCUGAGACGUCUCCACGGCAGAGGAAAACGCCGUAGACUCUCGUGUUAUCAUCUUCACCAGCGGUUGCGUUAUCGAAAUGCGAGGCAUAAGCUGCGUUUGGAGAGGAGAGAGAUGAGAGAACAGUUCGGAGAUUGGUUAAGUAAGUACUGUUUCUUCUGAAUGUUGUUGUGUUUGGACAUAUGUGGAAGAGAUAAGUUGGAUCUGUUGCAGAAGAAACUGUGUUUAAGAUCAUAAAGAAGAAAACUGAGACCAGAGAAACAGAGGAUCUGAAACAAGAAGACAUGGUUUUUGUUUGUUUGUUAUUGCUCUGUUUUGUAUUGCUCUAUUUCAAUGAGCUUUCUUAAUAUUCGUUGAAGUUUAUCGGAAUUGAUGGUCAAAGUCUAAUUUCUAUGAUUAUAA